AUGUCCAGCCCUUCGAAGAAGCUGCUCGCCAACGUGCGCAGGAUUGUCCCGCCCAUGCUGGAGAGGUUUCACAAAGGACAACUUGGCCGAGUCGCAGUUAUAGGAGGCAGUGCAGAGUGUGCGCCCCAUAUUUCUCUGCAAUGGCAUCUGCAAGGCUUGAGUCAUGUUAUCUGUGAACCAUCCUCAGCAACAGUAAUAAAAUCUUACUCCCCAAAUCUAAUGGUCCACCCAAUCCUCCAAUCCUCCAACACCGUCUCCUCAUUCUCCAACAGCCCGCUCCCACACCCACACGCCCGCGCCCUCGCAGAGCCUGUACUUUCCUUCCUAUCCCGUUUGCACGUGCUCGUCAUCGGCCCUGGCCUCGGACGGGAUCCGGUAACGCAAGAAAUAGUCACCGAAAUCAUCAAAGAAGCACGCUCAAGAGAAAUCCCCCUAGUCCUGGACGCGGACGCGCUGCUUCUCGUCCAGGAGCAUCCAGACCUCAUCCAUGGCUACACAGAAUGCAUCUUGACGCCCAACGUUGUGGAGUUCGCGCGGCUAGCGAAGGCGUUGCGUGCAGAUGUGUCUUCCAUGCCGGAUAGUGAUGCUGGCAAGUCUGAGGCCUGCAAGCGGCUAUCUAAUGCUCUCGGUGGCGUGACGAUCAUUCAAAAGGGGCCGCAUGAUACUAUUUCUAAUGGUAUGGUUAAUAUUGUAUGUGAUGUGCGGGGUGGGUUGAAGAGGAGCGGCGGUCAGGGCGACACGUUGACGGGGUCGUUGGGGACGCUACUUGCAUGGCGCAAGGCAUAUCAUGAGGGGUUGUGGGAUACCGGUGAGUCUGAAGCGAGUGGUGGGAGGGAGCUAUCCAGACAGGAUAUCGAGGAGGAUCUUUCGAUUUGUGGUUAUGAGAGUGGCGACGAUGGAGAACGGGAUGGUGAUAAACCGAAGAAGAAAUUGUCGAGGCCUGCGACGCUUUUGCUGGUUGCGUGGGCGGGGAGUGCGAUCACGAGGGAAUGCUCGAGGAGGGCGUUCAUGGCGAAAGGGAGAAGCAUGCAGGCGAGUGAUUUGACGGAUGAAGUGCAUGGGAGCUUCUUGGAUUUGAUUGGAGAGCCGGAGGGGACGAAGUUGUGAGCAAUUUUAUUGCCUGCGUCUGUUCGGGCUGUAAUGGUAUCGAUGUAUGCUUGUAAUUCCUGUAUGAUGAGGACGGAUAGGGACCUUAUGCGACAUUGAACUUUAAUCAUAUUUAUUUCGUAUGAAAAUAAGAGAGAUGGCCGA